UCACUUACCGUAUUUUUCGCUCCAUAAGACCCACCUGACCAUAAGAUGCACCUAGGUUUUAGAGGGGGAAAAACAAGAAAAAAAUAUUCUGAACCAAUGCACUGCAGACACAGUACAGGGGAUGACCAGAGACUGCGGACACAGUACAGGGGAUGACCAGAGACUGCGGACACAGUACAGGGGAUGACCAGAGACUGCGGACACAGUACAGGGGAUGACCAGAGACUGCGGACACAGUACCGGGGAUGACCAGAGACUGCGGACACAGUACAG